AUGUUUAUUCGACUUCAGUUAUUCUCAUUCUUCAUAUGCUUCUCGUCUGCUGUCAUCUUUUUUCCAGAUACAAGUGAUUAUGAUGCAUAUGGAUUGAAAAUAGCUGCUAAUAAUUUGAUGAUUGUUGAAGCACAAAAUGAUUAUACUGAAUUUCUUAUUCAAUUCGCACCCUAUACUGAUAAUAUUACAGAGGCCAAUGAUCGAAGUUGUUCAAUUGAAUAUAAUGAUGAUUCACAAUUUGUCUAUGCUGUUGCUCUCGGUAAAAAUCAAUCGACUUACAAUAUUUUCUUUUUUGGUGAAAUGAUUGGUCUCGACAAACAAAAUGCAUUAACGAAUCGUACAUUUGUUGGUAUUCUUAGCUAUACAGGAUCUCUUAAUUCAAUUGAUUGUGAUAAUGAUUUUACUUUUACUAUACAAUUUAUUCCAGGAGCCUUUGCUCAUCAAGAACAUAUAGUGAUGGUAACUGAUUUAAUUGGUUCGAUCGCUUAUUGUUUCUCUGAUCUCUUUACAUUUUCAUAUACAGCAGCUACAAACAAUUUAGUUGUUAAUCAAAAUAAUUCACUCUCGCCUUCAACAUCAUUUUUACCUUUUGCUGUGGAUUAUGAUGGUAGUCUUGGUAUUAUUGCUGGUUUUCUUGAUAAUGGUCGAAAUUCACGUGUUAGAUAUCGUGCAGCUAUUACUCUGUUCAGUAUUAGUGCGUCAACAGCUAUUGCAACACCGAUCAGUUCAUGGAAUUAUUCAGCAAGUUUAGCAUCAUGGCAAGCUGGUCUAACAAAUGUAGGAGCUGAUCAGUAUGCAGCUAAAUUCGAUAUGUCUGUUAGUAUAAAUCCAAUAACAACACAAGUUCUUGUUGGUAUACAGUCAAUCAAUACAGUUUUCUUAUUCAGUUAUACAACAACAACAUUAACAUUGAUCAGUUCAAUGAGUCCUGGCCAAGCAAUUGGCUUUGACAAAGACAUUCCAGUUUGGUUUGAUGUACAAGGAGGCAUGAAAGAUGAUAUUUACAUGAGCAUGGCAGAGGGAGUAGAAAAUGCUGCAAUCGUAUGUUGUUUCAUGACACCUGAAUAUCAAGAAUCUGAGAAUUGUCGACUCGAAUUAACAUACGCAGAAAGACAACGUAAACGAAUUAUUGCAUGUAUAAUUGCUGAGAAAAAAGACUGGAGGCCGCCUCCAUAUUAUGGAGAUAUCAAUACUUAUGAUCCUCAAUCAACAACAUUUGAAUUCUAUGGAAAUUUUUCAUUUUCUGUUGUUUCGGAUAAUACAACAGAUGUUUUUUGUUUUGAACCAGGUCCUGUUGCUGUUAUGAAUAAUACAUAUUCAACAAUAUUUAUGCCUUUACAAUGUCACGCUGAAAUAUCACGUUUGCUUCUGUUAAAAUAUGAUUUACAAAAGAAAACUUAUGCGCAAAGCUCCUGGUAUUUAAAAACUGGAACAUUUUAUUAUCUUUAUUAUGAUUCACAUCGUCAACGUCUUUUUGGUUUACGUGAUGUGUAUACACCUACAUAUAUCAUGGAAGAAUAUAAUACAACGACAUUAGAAGUUAUACAAGAAUAUACACGACAAAAUGGAACACAAUAUGGUUUUGCUUGUCAAGGUUGUUCUGUAUUUAAUCCAGAUGAGAACUGGAUUGUAGAAAUUCGAAUAGUAUCUGCUGGUCAACAUUACGAUUCAUAUUAUAUGAAAAUGGAUUUGAAUCUUGUUGGAAAAAAACAAGAUAUCGUUACUGAAUUUCAGAAAUUACCAGAAUUCGUUGAACCUUAUACCAUGACUUAUGAUAUGAAGACAAAACUUGUACUUGUAACAUGGAAACAUGGAACGAUUUUUACAGAUACUAUGAUGAUCUAUAUAAAUCCUUAUACAGGUAAACUUCAUAAUGAAGCAUCUCUUUUGAAAACACCAUUUGGAUGGUUUGUUCAAUCUGUUCAAGCACUCUUUGAUGAAUCAACUCGUCAAAUAUUAUUUUUGAUUCAACAAAGUGAUCUACAACAAAUCCAAAUAAAUGUUUGGGCGAUCACUGUAGAAUUUGAUACAAUGAAAAUAAUAGAAAAAAAACAAGUGAAUGCAUUAGCGGGUCUUCAGGCAUGGACAUUUUUUAAAACAGAAAAAAAAUCAAAUUCAUAG